CAUACACUCACACCCUCUUUUCUCUUCCUCAAUAUUCCAAAAACCAAAACACAAAAAACAAAUGAUGAGUUCUCUUACUACUACCUUAAAGCUUUUAUUUUUUUAUGUGAUUUUUAUCCUCCCAAUUCUUGUUUCAUGUGAUUCAUGCAAAUGUGAAACUGAACAAACCAAAGAAAAUAGUGAAAAAAAUGAAGCCCUUCAUUACAAACUUGGUUCAAUUGCAUCUGUCCUUGUUUGUGGUGCUCUUGGUGUAAGCCUUCCAUUAUUGAGCAAAAGAAUUCCAAUUCUAAGCCCUAAAAAUGACAUAUUUUUCAUGAUUAAAGCCUUCGCGGCCGGUGUAAUUUUGGCAACCGGUUUUAUUCACAUACUUCCGGAUGCAUUCGAGAGUUUGAAUUCGCCUUGUCUUAAGGAAAAACCUUGGGGUGAUUUUCCACUUGCUGGACUUGUUGCUAUGUUGUCUUCUAUAGCAACUUUGAUGGUUGAUUCAUUUGCAUCUAGCUAUUAUCAAAAGAGACAUUUUAAUCCUUCUAAACAAGUUCCAGCAGAUGAAGAAAAAGGUGAUGAACAUGUUGGUCAUGUACAUGUUCAUACACAUGCUACACAUGGUCAUGCUCAUGGAUCAGCUACCUCUUCUCAAGAUUCCAUAUCACCUGAAUUAAUUAGGCAGAGGAUCAUAUCACAAGUGUUAGAGCUAGGAAUAGUGGUCCAUUCAGUGAUUAUUGGAAUAUCUUUAGGAACUGCACAAAGCAUUGAUACCAUAAAGCCUCUCCUAGUGGCCUUGUCUUUCCAUCAAUUUUUUGAGGGAAUGGGGCUUGGUGGCUGCAUAUCUCAGGCCAAAUUUGAGUCUAGAUCCACAGCAAUUAUGGCAACAUUUUUCUCCUUAACAACACCAAUUGGGAUAGCAAUUGGGAUGGGAGUAUCAAGUGUAUACAAAGACAAUAGCCCAACUUCUCUAAUUGUUGAAGGUGUUUUCAAUUCUGCUUCAGCUGGAAUCUUGAUUUACAUGGCACUAGUUGACCUACUUGCAGCUGAUUUUAUGAGUCCAAGGAUGCAAAACAAUUUCAAGAUCCAAAUAGGAGCAAAUAUUUCACUUCUUUUAGGUUCAGGUUGCAUGUCCUUAUUGGCUAAAUGGGCUUAAGUUUUAAGUGUUUUAGAUUCCUUUUAAGAAUAUUUUGCUUAGUAUUCUCUCCCUAUUCCAAGUAUUAUAUUAUAUUUAUUCUUCUUCAUUUUUUGUUUUUUUAACUAAUGAUGUAAAUGUUAGAGUGCUAAACCUAAAUAAGCACUGCUAGAACAUAAGCCAGAAAUGAUGUAUAUGUGACUGUGCAAAUUAAGGGCCUUUAACAAAAGAAACAAAUGGUGGGAGAGGAUUGGAUCCUUUUUCAGUCAAAACCUUCAAUGAUUGAUGGUGGGGAACAGAAUCCUAAAAUAUCGACCAAUCAUUCAAAUUUGAAUAUUAAUUUUUUUUUUCAGUCUUA